UGCUGGAUUUACACUCACGAAGCUCACCCUACGAGCUACGCAAGACAGCACCGCGCCUUCCACUCGUUUUCUUCCUUGCCUUGCCUUGCAUAGUUACCCGAUCAUGGCAGGAGAAGAUGGCUUCCAAAGCCCCAAGAGGCGGAAGAUAGACUUCAACCCCCUCCGCAACGAUGACCGCUUCGCCAUCCCCUCCCGCCCAACCUCACGCUCCCAAUCCCUCGCCCCUCCGCGCUCACAAUCCCAAGCCCCCUCCCGCUCGCAAAGCCGCUUCGGCCCCUCCUCCUCCCGCGCCUCAACACCUCGCGGACAAUCCCAAUACCCUGGAACCCCAAAGCAGCAUGAAUUCGACGGCCCCGAACCCGCCGUCGACAUCGAGGACUCGAACGCCCUCGACCGCGACUGGUACGCCGGCGACGAGAGCGGCCACGUGUUCGGCGACGAAAUGCACAAUCCCUUCGGCUCGUACGAUACCUCGUGGGAGGAGCGACAGAAGGAGGCUGCGCUGGUGGAGAAGAAGACUGCGAAGCGGGUUACGGCGCGGGCGGCGCAGAAGCAGCGGGAUGUGGAUGCGUGGGAGACGAAUCGGAUGUUGACGUCUGGGGUGGCGCAGCGGAGGGAUUUCGGGGACGAUUUUGAGGACGAUGAGGAGCAGACGAGGGUGCAUUUGUUGAUUCAUGAUCUCAGGCCGCCGUUUUUGGAUGGGAGAACGGUGUUUACGAAGCAGGUUGAUCCGGUGCCGGCGAUUAGGGAUAAUCAGAGCGAUAUGGCGGUGUUUAGUAGGAAGGGGAGCAGGGUUGUCAAAGAGAGGAGACAGCAGAAGGAGAGGCAGAAGCAGGCGCAGGAGGCGACGAAUAUGGCCGGCACGGCGUUGGGGAAUCUGAUGGGGGUUAAGGAGGAUGAGGGGGAUAGUGCGGCGCCGGUGCCUGGGGAGGAGGGGGGGGGGAAGGGGGAUAGCAAGUUUGCGGAGCAUAUGGCGAAGAAGAGUGAGGGGGCGAGUAACUUUAGUCAGAGCAAGACGCUGAGGGAGCAGAGGGAGUAUUUGCCAGCGUUUGCGGUGAGGGAGGAUCUGCUGAGGGUUAUUAGGGAUAAUCAGGUUGUUAUUGUGGUGGGUGAGACGGGGUCGGGGAAGACGACGCAGUUGACUCAGUUCCUUUAUGAGGAUGGGUAUGGGAAGAGGGGGAUGAUUGGGUGCACGCAGCCGCGGCGUGUGGCGGCGAUGAGUGUGGCGAAGCGGGUGAGCGAGGAGAUGGAGUGUAAGCUUGGCAGCACGGUUGGGUAUGCGAUCCGUUUUGAGGAUUGCACGAGCAAGGAGACGGUUAUCAAGUAUAUGACGGACGGUGUCUUGCUGCGCGAGUCUCUCAAUGAGCCGGAUCUCGACAGGUAUUCGUGCGUCAUCAUGGACGAGGCCCACGAGAGGGCUCUCAACACCGAUGUGCUCAUGGGCCUUUUCAAGAAGGUUCUGGCGCGCCGACGAGACUUGAAGUUGAUCGUCACAUCGGCUACUAUGAACUCGAAGCGCUUCUCGGACUUUUAUGGUGGAGCGCCGGAAUUUUUCAUCCCUGGCCGAACGUUUCCUGUGGAUGUCAUGUUCCAUCGCUCUCCGGUCGAGGAUUACGUCGACCAGGCUGUGCAACAAGUUCUCGCUAUCCAUGUUUCUAUGGGCGCAGGCGAUAUCUUGGUGUUCAUGACUGGACAAGAGGAUAUCGAGUGCACCUGUGAACUUAUCCAGGACCGUUUGAACGCGCUCAAUGACCCUCCUAAGCUUAGCAUUCUACCGAUUUACAGUCAAAUGCCGGCAGAUCUGCAGGCCAAGAUUUUCGACAGAGCAGCGCCAGGUGUGAGGAAGGUCAUUGUUGCGACCAAUAUCGCCGAGACGAGUUUGACAGUCGACGGUAUCAUGUACGUGGUGGACGCUGGAUAUUCCAAGCUCAAAGUGUAUAACCCGCGAAUGGGCAUGGAUACCCUUCAGAUCACGCCCAUAUCGCAAGCCAACGCAUCUCAACGAUCCGGGCGCGCAGGUCGUACUGGCCCAGGAAAGGCAUUCCGCCUCUUCACCGAAGCCGCAUACAAAGACGAGUUGUACAUCCAGACCAUUCCCGAAAUCCAGCGCACGAACCUCAGUAACACCGUUCUCCUCCUCAAAUCCCUCGGCGUCAAAGACUUGCUCGAUUUCGACUUCAUGGACCCGCCACCACAGGAUACCAUUACCACAUCACUCUUCGACCUAUGGGCCCUCGGCGCGCUGAACAACAUCGGCGACCUCACCGACGUCGGCCUAAAGAUGACACCCUUCCCCAUGGACCCCUCCCUCGCCAAACUCCUCAUCACAUCCGAAGAAUACGGCUGCAGCGAAGAAAUGCUCACCAUAGUCUCCAUGCUCUCCGUCCCCUCGAUUUUCUACCGCCCCAAAGAGCGACAAGAAGAAUCCGACGCCGCGCGCGAGAAGUUCUUCGUCCCCGAAUCCGACCACCUCACCUACCUGCACGUGUACUCGCAGUGGAAGAGCAACGGCUACAGCGACGCGUGGUGCACGCGGCACUUCCUGCAUCCGAAGUCGCUGCGUCGCGCGAAGGAGAUUAGGGAGCAGAUCGGGGAUAUUAUGAAGAUGCAGAAGAUGACGAUGGUGAGCUGUGGCACGGAUUGGGAUGUUAUCCGCAAGUGUAUUUGCUCGGGGUAUUAUCAUCAGGCUGCGAAGGUGAAGGGGAUUGGGGAGUAUGUGAAUUUGCGUACCAGUGUGGCGAUUCAGUUGCAUCCGACGAGCGCGCUGUAUGGGCUGGGGUACUUGCCGGAUUAUGUGGUGUAUCACGAGCUCAUCUUGACGUCGAAGGAGUACAUGUCUACCGUGACGUCUGUGGAUCCGAAGUGGCUGGCUGAGCUUGGGGGGGUCUUCUACAGCGUGAAGGAGAAGGGGUACUCGGCACGUGAGAAGAGGGUGACGGAGGUGGAGUUUAAUCGCAAGAUGGAGAUUGAGACGCAGAUGGCGGAGGAUAAGAAGAAUGAGGAGGAGAGGUUGGAGAGGGAGAAGGGGAGGGGCGAAGCGCAGAAGGAGGGGGUGGUGGUGAAGAAGGUUGCGCAGAGGGGGGCGGUGAGGAGGCCGGUGGUGAAGAGGAGUGGGAGGGGGUUCUAGGGAGGGGAGCUGGGAGGACAGAUGUACAUAGUUGGGGAUGGGGUUGUUAGAAAAUUUACAUCCCGCUUGCCUCAUGCUUGUUUCGACCAGAAAGGGCAAGGCCGAGGAGUAAGCAAUGUGAGUGGCUAAAAAGGCCAUUGGCCGACCGGUAAGCAAGGGUGUUCGGUAUUCGGCCUUAGGCAGCAGUGUCUGUCUGCUCUAGUAAUAACAUUUCAAAUCUGAGAGACUUCCGUCGGACUGACAUGUAUAACAGUAUGGCCAGAAAUGG